GAUCAUGAGAUCGCUACCAGAGACAGAGGAGAGGUUGAAAGUGUAACAACGACGGUGGGCAUUAAUCAUUUCUGUAGUCAAAUUUUUUUUUUUUUUUUCUAAUAAUAUGAGUGGAGCAGAUCAGAAAGUCUAGUCUGGUGAGCUGUUUGUGUAAUGCGAGCAGUUCGUUCAGUUUUCUUCCCCUCCUUUUUGCUUUUGUAAUACUCUCUCAUCACAUGGUCUUCCAGAUCAUUAGUCUCAGCUCUUAACCUAUUGUUUGUUUCUUGUAAAUCCCUUAUUGAUUCGGUCACCAAACAUUAAAACCAGAGUAGUAGGUACCAUUCUCCUCCUCUUUCCCUCUUUUUCUUCCCCGGGCUUGAAGUAGAGAUGGUGUUUCGGUUUCAGUUCGGGAAAGCAUGAGUUCCAGAAGCAUUAGGCUCCAUUUGCGGUGGAGCCUUACUGCACUUGUUCUCCUUCUUCUGGCUGUUCGAUCCCUUGGGCUAAACGCAGAUGGAGUUCUCUUGCUUUCUUUCAAGUACUCUGUUCUCAGCGAUCCUUUAUCUGCUUUACAGAGUUGGAAUUACGAAGACCAAGCGCCGUGCUCAUGGAACGGGAUUACGUGUACCAGAUUCGCAAUGCCCGGCACCGGCGAUACGUUACGCGUUACCAGCUUGGCUCUCCCAAAUUGUCAGCUACUGGGUACGACUCCACCCGAGCUGGGAAUGCUUGAACACCUCCAAUAUCUCGAUCUUUCGAAUAAUUUACUCAAUGGAUCCCUCCCCGCCUCGCUGUUCAAUGCCUCUGAGCUCCGGACACUCUCUCUUUCCAACAACGUAAUUUCAGGCGCAUUGCCGGAGACAAUCGGAGGGCUGAAGAACCUUGAGUUUCUUAACCUUUCUGCUAAUGCCUUGGCGGGAAAGAUUCCUCAGAACCUCACUGCUCUUCGAAAUCUUACUGUCGUUUCCUUGAGCAACAAUUACUUCUCUGGCGGUGUUCCAAGUGUGUUCGAAGCCGUUCAAGUUCUAGAUCUGUCUUCCAAUCUGAUUAACGGGUCGUUUCCAUCAGAUUUCGGUGGAGUUAGCCUCCGUUACUUGAACCUCUCGUACAAUAGGCUCGUCGGAAGGAUUCCACCGGAAUUUGGGAAGCAAAUCCCGGGGAAUGUCACUCUUGACCUCUCGUUCAAUAAUCUCACAGGAGAAAUCCCGGAAAACGUAGCUUUUCUCAAUCAGAAAACGGAAUCGUUCGCUGGCAACCCGGAUCUAUGCGGGAAGCCACUGAAGAACCUGUGUGCCGUGACUUCCGUUCUUUCUGCUCCGUCCAAUGUCUCUGAAAUUACUUCUCCUCCUGCAUUUGCAGCUAUUCCGAACACUAUAGACUCGACACCUGUAGCUGGUUCAUCUGGAACGUUGAAUGGGACUCAACAGGAAAGGGAGAGGGGUCUCAGACCAGGAACAAUUGCAGGCAUCAUCUUUGGGGAUUUGGCUGGUAUCGGAGUUCUGGCUAUGAUAUUCUUUUAUGUUUACCGAAUAAGGAAGAGAAGGAAGAAGGUGGUCAGUAGUACAGGAAGCGCAGAGAAGAAAGACGAAAUGGACGGGAAAGAUAUCUGGCCUUUGUCAUCAACGGAACCGAAAGGGCCGGCGUGCUGGUGCCUGGGAAAGAAAAAUGACGACGGCGAAGAGACGUCCGAGACGACGAGCACUGAUAGUGACGAAGACGAAGAGGAAAAGGUGGGUGAUGAACAGAAAAAAAAGCAACAAGAACAGAAGGGAGGGUCUCUUGUAACUGUAGACGGAGAAACGGAGUUGGAGCUGGAGACUCUGCUGAAAGCAUCGGCUUAUAUAUUGGGAGCGACUAGUGCGAGCAUAGUAUACAAGGCCGUGCUGGAGGACGGGACGACGCUGGCGGUACGAAGGAUCGGUGAGAGUGGUAUAGAGAGAUACAGAGAUUUCGAGAAUCAGGUCAAGCUUAUAGCUAAAUUGCGCCAUCCCAAUCUGGUGCGCAUACGAGGGUUCUACUGGGGUUCCGAGGAGAAACUCGUCAUCUACGAUUACGUCCCUUGUGGCAGCCUCGCCAACUUCAGUUACAAGAAAACAGGGUCAUCGCCAUGCCAACUACCCUGGGAAGUGCGACUCAAGAUAGCAAGAGGAGUGGCACGGGGGCUAGCGUAUCUGCACGACAAGAAACACGUGCACGGAAAUCUCAAACCAAGCAACAUCCUGCUAGGUCACGACAUGGAGCCGAGAGUAGGAGAUUUCGGACUAGAGAGGUUGGUUUGGGGCGGGGAAAGCAGCUACAAAGCCAGCGGUUCGUUCCGGCAUUUCGGAAGCAAGAGGUCCACCCUUUCUCGGGAGAGUUUGCAAGAUCUGCCAGCAGGAGUGAGCCCCAGCCCCAGCCCUAGCCCCAGUCCUUGCGCCAGUUCUUUGGGGUGCCCAUCUCCCUAUCAGGCACCCGAGGCGCUCAAGAACCUCAAGCCCAACCCCAAGUGGGACGUCUAUUCGUACGGAGUGCUGCUGCUGGAGCUCCUGACGGGGAAGAUUUUCUCGGAUAAGGAUAUGUGCCAGUGGAACAUCGUGGAAGAGAAGAACAGGGUGUUGAGAAUGGCUGACGUGGCUAUUCGAGCUGAACUGGAAGGCAAGGAGGACGCCUUGAUGGCAUGCUUUAAGUUAGGAUUGAGUUGCACAUCCAUUGUCCCACAAAAAAGACCCUCCAUGAAAGAAGUGGUUCAAUCCCUUGAGAAAAUACCAUCCACCGCCCGUUACUAUGACCGAUGAUGAUGAUCCACGGAGGCCCACGAAAGAUACAUGGCAUGGCGACCAAUCCAUAUAAAAGUUAAAAUUAGAUAGUGGGUGGAGGGGCCGAAAUGGUGUGUGUGUGUGUGGUGAGAGAAAGUGUUGUAUCUUGUAGUUGUAUGUAUGUAUGAUUGACUAAUUGAUUGUUAAUUAAAUGCAAGUGAGAUACCUUAGAUGGUGAUUGAUGA